AUGUUUUCAUUCUUACAUCUUUCUUUAUCUUCUUUAUUAGUUUUCUUUUCUUUUUUUCUUCCUCAAAUGUCAUUCAUUCAUUCAUAUUUUCUUUUUUUUUAUAAAUGUUUUUCAUUCUUACAUCUUUCUUUAUCUUUCUUCCUUAUUAGUUUUUUCUUUUUUUUUCUUCCUCAAAUGUCAUUCAUUCAUAUUUUCUUUCUUUUUAUAAAAUUUUUCUUUUCUUUUUUUCUUCCUCAAAUGUCAUUCAUUCAUUCAUAUUUUCUUUCUUUUUAUAAAAUGUUUUUCAUUCUUACAUUUUCAGUUUUCUUUUCUUUUUUCCUCAAAUUAUUUUUUCAUUCAUUUUUUUUUCUUUUUAUAAAUAUUUAUUUUCAUCUUUUUCUUUCUUUCAUAUUUUUUUUCCUUAUGUUUUUAUUUUUCUUUUCUUUUUUUUUUUCUUUCUUUCUUUUAGUAGUUUUCUUUUUUUUUUUUCUUUAUAAAAUUCAUUUUCAUUUUUCUCUUUCUUUUUUUAUAAAAUGUUUUUCAUUCUUACAUCUUUCUUUAUCUUUCUUCCUUAUUAGUUUUUCUUUUCUUUUUUUUCUUCCUCAAAUGUCAUUCAUUCAUUCAUAUUUUCUCAUUCUUUUUAUAAAAUGUUUUUCAUUCUUACAUCUUUCUUUAUCUUUCUUCCUUAUUAUUUUUCUUUUCUUUUUUCUUCCUCAAAUGUCAUUCAUUCAUUCAUAUUUUCUUUUUUUUUAUAAAUGUUUUCAUUUUACAUCUUUCUUUUCUUCUUCCUUAUUAGUUUUUCUUUUCUUUUUUUUCUUCCUCAAAUGUCAUUCAUUCAUUCAUAUUUUCUCUUUUUUUUAUAAAAUUUUUUUCUUUUCUUUUUUCUUCCUCAAAUGUCAUUCAUUCAUUCAUAUUUUUUCUUUCUUUUUUAAAAUAUUUUUCAUUCUUACACUUUUAUCUUUCUUAUUAGUUCUUUCUUCUUUUCUUUUUUUUUUCUUCCUCAAAUUUUUCUUUUCUUUUUCUUUUUUUUUUUUUAAAUUCAUUUUUUCUUUCAUAUUUUUUAUAAAAUGUUUUCAUUCUUACAUCUUUCUUUUAUCUUUUCUUCCUUAUUUUUUUUUCUUUUUUUUUUCUUCCUCAAAUGUCAUUUCAUUCUUUUUUAUAAAAUAUUUUCAUUCUUACAUCUUUCUUUAUCUUUUCUUCCAUAUUAGUUUUUUUUCUUUUUUCUUGCUCAAAUGUCAUUCAUUCAUUCAUAUUUUCUCUUUCUUUUUUAUAAAUUUUUUUCUUUUCUUUUCUUCCUCAAAUGUCAUUCAUUCAUUCUCUUUCUUUCUAUUAAUUAUCUUUCUUUAUCACCCUUCCUUAGUUUUUAAUUUCUCUUUUUUUCUUCCUCACGUGUCAUUCAUUGAUUCUUUCUUACUUUCUCUUUCUUUUUAUGAAAUAUGCUUUUUAUUCUUACAUCUUUCUUUAACUUAUUUCCUUAUUAGAUUGUUUUUCUUUUUUCUUCCUCACAUGUCAUUCAUUCAUUCUUUCUCUUUCUUUCUACUAAAUAUCUUUCAUUCUUAUAUCUUUCUUUAUUUUCCUUCCUGA